AAAAAAGCAAAAUAAAUCCAAGAAAUGAAAUCUAUUUACAUUACCUUAGCACUUAUCUCCUUAUUGGCAUUUACUCAAGCUGCUGAUCUCCCCUGUCCACUUCCUAGUUGUGAUGGUGAUGCUAAUCCUUAAUAAUGUCAAGCUGCUUAGUCACAACUUGCAAUUUGUUUUGAAACUAAGUGUGCUAACUUAUCAGCUUAAGAUCCCUAAGCUCUUUUAACUUGCAUUACUACUUGCUAACCAACAUACUAACCUUUAAAGUAGAAAUAUUAAGAUUUUUUUAAAUGCUUAUCAACUAAUUAGUAAAUUUAAACCCUUUCAAAAUGCGUUCAAGCAAAUAUGCUAGGAUGUUAAAAUGAUUAAUAAACUUGCGCAACUGCACUUUAAGCUUAAUCCUAAUGCGUUCAAUCUAAAUGUGCUAGUAGUAUCAAAGGAUUUGAUGAUUUGGAUGGUAUUUAAAAAUGCAUUUUUUCAACCUGCAAAAGCGACUCUUCAUUAGUUAAUAAUGCUGAAAAAUAAAUUUAUGAAUGUGCGACUGGAAAAAAAGUUUCAGUUUCUGCUAAAAUUUUAAUUUCAUCAGUCUUCACCUUGAUUGGAUAUUUAAUCCUCUUUUGA